AUGGCUGGCGACCACAUUGGUCCGUGGAGGACGGCCGCGCAAGGCCACCUAACAGUCGAUGCGAACGGAGACGCCAAAACAGACUAUUCUCGCUGGCGAUUACUUGAUGAUCGUGGCCGCCAGACAUGGCACUAUCUAGAGUCCGACGAAGAGAACGAAAAAUGGCCCCAGUCCGUGGCUGAUAAGUAUUUCUUGGGUCUUCCCACGGGACUCCCAGAGCUUCCAGCUCCGAAGACCCCUCUCCAAAGUGCAGAGAACGGACUGGAAUUCUUCUCCAAGCUGCAGCUUCCACCGGGAAAUUGGGCCUGCGAAUAUGGCGGUCCCAUGUUCUUGCUUCCGGGGCUUGCCAUUACUUACUACGUGACCAACACCCCGAUUCCCCCGGAGUAUGCGACUGAGAUCAAGAGGUAUCUUUUUGCGCGUCAGCACCCGGAAGAUGGCGGCUGGGGUCUUCAUAUCGAGGCCCAUAGCUCCGUCUUUGGUACAUGCAUGAACUACGUCACUCUUCGGUUGGUCGGCGUGAGUGAGGACGAUCCCCGCAUGAUCAAGGCCCGUGGACUGUUGCACAAGUUUGGCGGUGCCUUGUACGGACCUCACUGGGCGAAGUUCUGGCUCUCUGUUCUCGGCGUUAUGGAUUGGGACUGCGUCAACCCCGUCCCCCCGGAAAUCUGGCUUCUUCCAGACUGGGUUCCCUUUGCUCCUUGGAGGUGGUGGAUCCACAUGCGUCAGGUGUUUUUGCCCAUGUCGUACCUGUGGUCCAAAAAGUUUACCCAUCCCCUGGACCCGCUCACCAAGCAGCUCCGACAGGAACUGUACACUCAACCUUAUGAUUCGAUUGACUUUAGGAGCCAUCGCAAUUCGAUCCACGAAGCCGACAAUUACUAUCCGAAGACCUGGCUUCUCAACGCCAUCAACUCCCUUUUAGUAAACGUCUGGAAUCCAUACCUGCGUUUACCUGUGGUGGUGCGCCGCGCCGAAGCCUGGACGUGGGAGCUAAUCCGGAUGGAAGAUGAAAACACUGACUAUGCUGGUCUUGGUCCAGUGAGCAACCCGAUGAACAUGAUCGCCUGCUAUGUUCACGACGGACCGGACAGCUACUCCGUUCGCCGCCACCGUGAGCGUCUGAACGACUAUAUGUGGAUGAAGAAUGAGGGUAUGUUGAUGAACGGUACCAAUGGUGUCCAGGUCUGGGAUACUGCGUUCAUCACCCAAUCUAUUGUGGUCGCGGGCUUUGCGGACGACCCGAAAUGGCGUCCGAUGCUUACCAAGGCGCUGGAAUUUCUUGAGGACCACCAGAUGCGCGAGAAUGUACCCGACCAGGAAAAGUGCUACCGUCAGCACCGAAAGGGUGCGUGGCCCUUCAGCACCAAGACCCAAGGCUACACAGUCAGUGAUUGCACAGCCGAAGGAUUGCGGUCUACCAUUCAAUUGCAAGACAUGCACAACUUCCCGAGGUUGCUCUCCGCAGAGCGGCUCAAGGAUAGCGUGGAUUGCCUGCUGCUUAUGCAGAAUCCGUCUGGUGGAUUCACCGAGUACGAAACUACCCGGGGCUCCCCGAAGAUUGAAUGGCUCAACGCGGCAGAAGUGUUUGGUGGAAUCAUGAUCGGCUAUGACUAUCCCGAGUGCACGACUGCCUCUGUGACCGCCCUGUCACUCUUUAGCAAGUACUACCCAGAUUACCGUGCUGAUGAGAUCCGGGCGGCGCAAGAAAAGGCCGUGAGGUAUAUCAAGCGGGUGCAGAGACCCGACGGCAGCUGGUACGGAUCAUGGGGCAUUUGCUUUACGUACGCCGCCAUGUUUGCACUGGAGAGUCUGGCGAGCAUUGGGGAAACCUACCAGACUAGCGAUUACUCUCGUCGCGGGUGUGAAUUCCUCCUCUCCAAGCAGAAGGAGGACGGCGGAUGGGGUGAGUCCUACCUCAGCAGCGAGCGGCAUGUAUAUGUGCAGCAUGAGAUGUCUCAAGUCGUCCAGACUGCGUGGGCGUGUCUUGCCCUGAUGGAGGCGGGAUAUCCUCACAAGGAACCCCUCCGCAAGGCCAUGAAGUUGAUGAUGUCCCGGCAACAAGCCAAUGGCGAGUGGUUGCAGGAGGCUAUUGAGGGAGUCUUUAACCAGUCUUGCAUGAUUUCAUACCCUAAUUACAAGCUCUAUUGGCCGAUUCGCGCUCUGGGGCUUUACAGCAAGAAGUUUGGCAACGAAGAGUUAUUUUAA